AUCACUCGCUUUACAUCACCACACACACUUACACACACACAAAAUUUCAACUUUCUUCUGUCUACAAAGGAAGAAAAUUUUUUGGGUGUGACGCGCGACUCGCCAAACGCCCCAAAAAAGCCCCGAAAUCCGUCAAAAAUCGACUUGUGAGUCUGGCACGAGACGCGCCCAAAAUGCAGCGAUAGACAUUAGAUAAGCGAAAAAGCAAAAAAAAAAGAAGAAAAAACGAUGAAGUGGUUCGCUGUUGUGCUGUUUUGUCUUCUGUCGAUGUCUUCCGAGGAGGUCGCUGCUUGGGGCGAUGCCACACGCACGGGACCCAAAGUGAAGGCGAAGGAGCAGCUCCACGUUGGCCUUAUUGCACCUCACACGAAUUUCGGGAAGCGCGAGUAUCUGCGUGCCAUCAACUCUGCCGUCAAUGGCUUGAACAAAAUUAGAGGUCAAAAACUAUCAUUUCUCUCCAACUAUGAAUUUACCGUUUCUAAUGUGCAUUUUGACAUGAUGAGCUUAACGCCAAGCCCUACAGCUAUUUUAAACACACUCUGUAAGGAAUUUUUACACGCCAAUGUCUCAUCAAUCCUCUACAUGAUGAACUACGAGCAGUACGGUCGCUCCACUGCCAGCGCCCAAUACUUUUUGCAACUUGCUGGUUACUUGGGCAUUCCCGUCAUCUCCUGGAACGCCGACAACUCUGGACUCGAACGAAGAGCCUCGCAAUCUACGAUGCAACUGCAGAUGGCACCCAGCAUAGAGCAUCAAUCCGCUGCUAUGUUGGCCAUUCUCGAACGUUACAAAUGGCAUCAGUUUUCUGUAGUUACGUCACAGAUUGCGGGGCACGACGAUUUUGUGCAGGCGGUGCGCGAACGAGUGGCUGCUGUACAGGAUCAUUUCAAAUUCACGAUCCUCAAUUCGAUUAUCGUCACACGUCCCAGCGACUUAAUCGAAUUGGUGAACAGCGAAGCGCGCGUCAUGCUCCUGUAUUCGACGAAGGAAGAGGCAUCCCGAAUUCUCGCCACAGCGGCCGAACUCAAAAUCACGGGCGAAAAUUAUGUGUGGGUCGUGACGCAAUCUGUCAUCGAAAAUACGCAACCGCCGCCGCAAUUUCCCGUCGGCAUGUUAGGCGUGCAUUUCGACACCUCGAGCAGUGCUUUAAUCAACGAGAUCGGAAACGGCAUCAAAGUUUACGCAUUUGGCGUCGAAGCCUUCCUGAACGAUCCCGCGAACACAAAUCGCGACCUCAGCACGCAUCAGUUGUCGUGCGAAGAUCAGGGACGCGGUCGAUGGGAUAACGGCGAACAAUUUUUCCGCUACUUGCGAAAUGUCUCGAUCGAGAACGACAUCAACAAGCCGAACAUCGAAUUCACCGGAGAUGGCGAUUUAAAAUCUGCCGAACUGAAAAUCAUGAAUUUACGCCCGUCGAUUAACAGCAAAACGCUCGUUUGGGAGGAAAUUGGCGUUUGGAAGUCUUGGGUCCCGCAACAGCAACAACUCGACAUUCGCGACAUUGCCUGGCCCGGAAAUUCUCAUGCCCCUCCGCAAGGCGUCCCCGAGAAAUUUCACUUGAAAAUCACGUUUUUGGAAGAAGCGCCAUACAUAAAUCUCUCGCCCGCAGAUCCCGUUUCGGGAAAAUGUCUCAUGGAUCGCGGGAUUUUGUGUCGCAUCGCUUCCGAUCACGAAAUUGCCGACAUCGAUGUGGGCCAAGCGGCGAAAAAUGGCUCGUUUUUCCAGUGUUGCAGCGGUUUUUGCAUCGAUUUGUUGGAAAAAUUCGCAGAUGCGCUCGGUUUCACCUACGAACUGGUCCGCGUUGAAGACGGAAGAUGGGGAACUCUCGAAAAUGGGAAAUGGAAUGGCUUGAUUAAUGAACUAAUGAAUCGAAAAACUGACAUGGUACUUACGUCGUUGAUGAUAAAUGCCGAACGAGAAGCUGUUGUUGACUUUAGUGUGCCGUUUAUGGAGACGGGAAUGGCGAUUGUCGUUGCGAAACGCACGGGAAUUAUUUCGCCGACGGCAUUUUUGGAGCCUUUUGACACGGCGUCGUGGAUGUUGGUUGGAAUUGUGGCGAUUCAGGCAGCUACUUUCAUGAUUUUCUUGUUUGAAUGGUUGUCGCCGAGCGGGUUUAACAUGAAAUUUUCGAUGCCGAAAGCCUCGGAUACGCCGCACAAGUUUUCGCUUUUCAGGACUUAUUGGUUGGUGUGGGCGGUUCUCUUUCAGGCUGCGGUUCAUGUAGAUUCCCCACGUGGUUUCACAUCGCGCUUCAUGACCAACGUUUGGGCGAUGUUCGCUGUGGUAUUUUUGGCUAUUUACACUGCCAACUUAGCAGCUUUCAUGAUAACGCGCGAGGAAUUUCACGAGUUUACCGGUUUGGAUGACAGUCGACUCUCACGCCCCUACAGCCAGAAACCGAGCGUAAAAUUUGGCACGAUUCCCUAUAGUCACACCGACUCGACAAUUGCCAAAUAUUUCAAGGAGAUGCAUUAUUACAUGAAAGAUUUUAAUCGAUCUAGCGUUGCGGAAGGAGUUGCCAGCGUUCUGAAUGGCAAAUUGGAUGCUUUUAUCUACGACGGCACGGUUCUCGACUAUUUGGUGCAACAAGAUGAGGAUUGUCGUCUUCUUACUGUCGGUCAAUGGUAUGCGAUGACGGGAUACGGCUUGGCAUUCAGUCGCAACUCAAAGUACGUCGGGAUGUUCAACAAAUGGAUUUUGGAGUUUCGCGCAAACGGCGAUCUCGAACGCUUGCGUCGCUACUGGAUGACCGGCACUUGUCGACCCGGCAAACAAGAACACAAGUCUUCCGAUCCACUCGCUCUCGAACAGUUUUUAUCCGCUUUCUUGCUCCUCAUGGCGGGCAUUUUGCUUGCGGCGCUCUUGCUGCUUCUCGAGCAUCUUUACUUCAAGUAUUUCCGCAAACGACUGGCAAAAUCGGAUCGCGGCGGUUGCUGUGCCCUCAUAUCGUUGUCCAUGGGCAAGUCGUUGACGUUCCGCGGCGCCGUCUUUGAAGCCACCGAAAUUCUCAAGCAGCACAAAUGCAAGGACCCGAUUUGCGAUACGCAUUUGUGGAAGGUGAAGCAUGAACUGGAUAUGGCGCGACUUCGGAUCCGGCAGCUGGAGAAGACGAUGGAUCAGCAUGGCGUGAAGGCGCCACAAGUUCGCAUCGUUUCGACGUCAGAUCUGAUCGAGUCGACGCACCGCCAUAACUUGCAUCAUCGGCAGUUGCUGAAUAACUUGAGUAUCGGCGGAAGUGCACAGGAUUUGCAUAGAUGGUCUUACAAGACAGAAAUUGCUGAAAUGGAAACCGUUUUAUAAAGAAGUUAACAAACCAAAC